AUGAAGUUGAUAGUUUGUCUGGUGCUGCAGGCGGUGUACGUCGCGGGUGUGAUUAGGAAAAGUGCUUUAAUGAACAAAUUGAUCAAUAACGUAAAGCCAGUGGGCCCUCUCGCAGUCAGAAAAUUCGUGCCGUUGACGGAGAUCCCUCCUCCCAUGGGCCCUCAUGUUCACCCAGACGGGCGGCGCCAUCUUGAAGACUGCACGCCGACACCGUGGUCCCAUAACGUCAUCGAUGAAGUCACGGUCAAAAUCAUUGGAGACUACUAUGAUGACGACCAAAACGAGAAGACGGUGGCUACGGUUAUUAUACCAGAUCAUAUUGACAAAAAACAUUUCGAAGUGACGACCCAACUCCCGUACUUCACAGUCGGCACUAUAGAUGCUUUAGGCUUUCACCCCACCAAACCUCCAGCGCUGAACGACUGCGAGAAAAUCUACCAGGACCAUAUGAACGAGCAGUACUCCGAGGGGGUGAGCAGCGACUACUCCGAGGAGUCGCUCGAGAUGGCCCGAGUGCCGGUAGAGGCAAUGGAUCCUCUGCUACCACCGAUGGAUGUCUAUGACGACAGAAUUUACCAAGAUCCAGACCAAAUUAAUUAAUUUGGCGAUUAUUCUUGCUCUGAAAUGAAAUAUCGGUUUAUUCUCACUUACGUAACACACGUGGCUGACAUUUU